AUGAGUGAUAUAUACGUAGUUGUACACAUUGCCACGACGUGUGAUGAAUCGACUACUUAUGUCACUAAGGAUUCAACAGAGUUGAUUGAGUUUGCUUGGUCUGUUGUUGAUGCAAUCACGCUAGAAAAUACGUACCAGGAAUCAGUAUUGGUGAGACCGAUCAAUACUCCAAUAACUCAAUACUGUUCACAACUUCAUAAAAUUACGUGGGAACAUGUUAGAAAUGCCGGAUCAUUCAAGGAUGCUAUUAGUAAGUUUGAUAACUACAUGCAAGAAAAUGUAAUUCUGAAGAAUAAGGAAUUUUCAUUGAUAACGUUCGACGUGAGCAAAAUUCGAGUCCAAUUACCAAGGGAAGCAAGAGACAAGUCAGUAGUAUUACCUCCAUAUUUGCAGCACCCAAGGAUAUUUGAUAUACAAAAUGAGUACGCUAAGUGGCAAACAUCACACCCAGAAGCAUUAUCAUAUACUGCGUCGUCUUUGUCUAAUAUUAUUACGGCUUUAGAAGUGGAGGUUGACACUAAUGAGGGGAUCGAAACACCAGUAUCAUCCUCGUCAACUCCACCACCAACUGCAAUUUCUUCGGCAUCAUCUGCAUCAAGUGCUAGUUUUUUUUCUGAGCCAUUGACUAAUCCAAAUUUGAACUCACAUUCUAAUUUGAAUUUAAAUUCGGGUCAAGAGACAAAGACAAAAACUACAGUAAAUGUAUACACCAAGGUUUUAGUCCAGUUAAUCAAAAAAUCAUUGCCGGUCGAAGAGCAUCCAUCGGUCUUGACCAAACCACACGAUUCAGGACAGGAUGUCAAGGUUUUUUUGGUUGAGAGGUCAAAGAUUUUAUAUCUUAGCAAUUUACCAGGGGACACUACUCAGUCUGAAUUGGAAUCAUGGUUUACGCAGUACGGAGGAAGACCAAUUGCUUUUUGGACUUUGAAGAAUGUAGAUGCAAAUGAGAAGAACGCCAAAAACAAUAAUACUGGCAACAAUGGAAACAGCGGAAAUAACAGUUAUGGUUUUAAAGUAAGAGGCAUUUCUGGGUUUGCAGUAUUUGCAACUCAUGAAGAAGCCACAGAAUCGUUAUCGAUGAAUGGUAGAGCAUUGAAUGAUAGAGCAGUCGAAGUACAAGCCUCAUCUACAAGCGUGCUAGAUAAAGCUAGGGAUUUAUUAACACCCUUCCCACCUUCUAAAAAUAGACCCAGACCUGGUGAUUGGACAUGUCCAUCAUGUGGCUUCUCAAAUUUUCAAAGGAGAACUGCUUGUUUCAGAUGCUCAUUCCCUGCUGCUAGCGCUGUUACCAUUCAAGAAUCUAUGUUUUCUGGAAAUACGACUAAUAAUCGUCGUACUAAUACGAAUAACUCUAUGCCAAACAAUAAUAAUUCAGAUAAGAUGGCCCUUAAUGCGGCAGUUGUUAAUGCAGCAGCAGCAGCAGCGUUGAAUCACAAUCAAUCAUACAAUUCAAGCUAUCAGGAUCAUAAUUUUGCAUCUGGUUCUCAUAAACUUGGAGGAAAUGGGCUUAAUGCUUCAAAUAACCAUCAACAUGCUAAUUCACAUUCUCAUCAUGGUGGCCAUAAUCAUAACCAUAAUAAUAAUAACUCCCGUUCUCAUUAUGGAAAUAAUGUUCCAUUUAGAGCGGGUGAUUGGAAAUGCUCUAAUGAUUCUUGCCAAUAUCAUAAUUUUGCUAAGAAUUUAUGUUGUUUGAAAUGUGGGAACGCAAAGCAUUCUGGUUCAUCGAACCACAAUAACAAUAACAAUAAUAACAAUAGCAACAAUCAUAUUCAUUCGGUUAAUUCCACAGCCGCUGCUAUUGCAGCCGCUACUGCUAGUGGCCAGCCAUUGAACUUGAAUAAUGGAUUCAUGGGAAUACAACAACCUCAGCCUCUCCACCCAAAUCAUUAUUCGCCUUCUCAGACGCCAACACAACAGAACCAUAACCAACAUCGUCAUAAUUCAAAUGUUUCCGGUGCUAACUAUUAUAACAAUAAAUCACAAUUCCCACUCCAUUUGUCAAAUCAAAAUACGAAUGCCAAUUUGCGCGGGACUAAUAGUACACCGCCCCAAAUCUUAGCACAACAGCUAGCUAUGUUACAGCACCAUCAACACCAGCAUCAGCAACAGCAGGUGAACCAAAAGCAGACAUCCCAGCCAAAGUAUUCGCAAUCAGUUUUAAAUUCUCCUGGCAUGUAUUCUAAUUUUGGACCUCAGCAGACUAACUACCUGUCUUAUUCGAAAAAUAUUCCAAAUCCGCCUCAUUCUGCCCCAGCAUCUGCUGAAGCUAUGAACUCUAAGAAUGGCAAUAUAGAAAACUUAAAUCCAACGUUGAACGUGCUCGCAAACCAAAUUAGCUCAUUAAAUUUAAAUGGUAACCAGCAAUAA